AUGUCGUUAGUAACAUCAUCAACACCAUCAAUAGACUCAUACGUUGACAUCACAAUAACCCCGCUGGUGCUAGAAACUCUUGAUGUGCAACAAACUAUUGUUGCUCAAAACACAUUAUUCACUUCAAGUAUAAAUGAAACUUCUUCAUUGCUCCCCGAAAUAUCGACUUAUCAAGGUGCUGCUCCACAAGUUGCUGUUGGAUUUGUUGCACUCGCCAUUGCUGCUCUAAUCUGA